CAACUGAAGCAGCAGCGAGACAAACUGCGGCAGUACCAGAAGCGGAUAAGCCUGAACCUGGAGAGGGAGCGAGCGCUGGCCCGGGAGCUGCUGAGGGACGGCAAAAAAGAAAAAGCCAUGCUCUUGCUAAAGAAGAAGCGUUACCAAGAGCAACUUCUAGAUAAAACGGAAAACCAAAUCAGCAACUUGGAGCGGAUGGUCCAGGAUAUCGAAUUCACCCAGAUUGAAAUGAAGGUCAUUGAGGGCUUGAAAAUAGGCAACGAAUGCCUGAACAAAAUGCACCAGGUUAUGUCAAUAGAAGAAGUAGAAAGAAUAAUGGGUGAAACCCAAGAUGCUGUGGAGUAUCAGAGGCAAAUAGAUGAGAUACUGGCUGGCAGCCUGACUGAGGAAGAUGAAGAUGCCAUUCUAGAAGAAUUAAAUGCUAUUACUCAGGAACAGAUGGAGCUUCCGGAAGUUCCUUCUGAGCCACUCCCAGAAAAGAUCCCAGAAGCGUCACCCGUCAAGAACAGGCCAAAACCAGAACUGGUGGCAGCAUCUUAACUCCCACUUCUGGGGAUUCCCCCACAUAACUUUCACCCAGGACAGUUUGCCAUCCCAGCGUGUGCUGGGACCGAGCAAUGCCUCGGCAGCAUCCCAGCUGUGCUGGGCGGAUCGUGGAGCAGGAUUCCCUGUGCAGGGUGGGGAACCUCAGCUGAUUAUUGCUCUUGUAUCAAGAUUAUUUUCUAGUGCUUUCUUUUUUUUGUAACUUAAAUUCUGAACUCACUCAGCUGCGCUGUCUCGGGAUUAAACAACAACUCUAAA